AUGGAAACCAUCAAGAGAAAUAAUAGCAAGACCAGAGAGGAGGUGUCAAUGCAGCUGGACCUGAAGGCCAACACCUCUCAAGAGGAGAACCUUACAGAUCAUUACAUCAUACUCAGGACCCUUGGCAAAGGGACCUUUGCUGAGGUGAAGCUGGCCUGCCACCUGUACACAGAGGUGCAGGUUGCCAUCAAGAUCCUGGAAAAUGGUGAGAAUACUGACCACAACAACAGAACUGAAAUCGACAUUGUGAAGACGCUGGACCACCCAAACAUCAUCAAGGUGUUCCACAUCAUCAACACCGAAGAGCACACCUAUAUGGUGAUGGAGCAUGCUUCUCGGGGAGAUCUGGAAAGCAAGCUGGAAGGAAAUGGAUAUCACUGUGGAUGGAAUGCUGGAAUGUUGCUCCACUUUGGAAGGUGAGUAUUGCUUGCCUGUCCUGGGGCACAGUGGACACAUGACUUAGCAGUCUUAGAACCACUUUUUAUUCAGAGAUCCAAAAUCAGGGGUCAGCCCUAGACAGAGCCUUGUUGACCAUAGAGUUGGGACAUUUA